UAAAAAAUGAGUUUUAUUAAUAAAACGCUCAACAGUAUACGUACUAAUCUGAUUACUCAAGGCGACCCUUUUAAUUGCGAUGGAAAAGAUGUAAUUAUUUGUAUAACAGGCAAUCCCGGUUUUAUCGAAUUUUAUACAGAAUUUAGUGAAGAACUUUACAGAAGUACUGACUUGCCUGUUUGUAUAAUUGGUCAUGCCGGCCAUGAGCUACUGCCUAACGAACAAAGUAAACUUGAAGGUCGAGAGGAUAUUUUUAAUUUGAAUGGUCAAUUAAAACAUAAAUUAGAUUUGAUUAAAAAUCAUAUUGAUAAAAACAGCAGAUUACAUUUUAUUGGGCACUCAAUUGGAUCUUGGUUUCUAAUAGAGCUAUUAGACAACAAUGAUGAUUUGUAUAAAAGAACUGCAUCAGUUAAUUUACUCUUCCCCACCAUACAGAAAAUGGCACAAUCUGAAAAAGGGAAGUUUUUAAAUGGCUUUGUAAGAAAGAUACAUUCAUUUCUGUUUUUGUUCUCAUUUUUAUUGUAUUUACCACAAUUAUUUCUAUCAUUUAUAGUAAAUAUGUAUCUUAAGAUAAAUGGCUUGUCCCCAAUUAAUAAAAACAGAAUUCUUAACAUAUUAAAUCCAAAAAUUUUAGAAAAAGUUUUAUUCCUAGCAUACGAUGAGAUGGACACGGUAACUGAAUUAAACAAAAAAGGCUUUGAAAAAGUUAAACAUAUAACUAAUAUCAUAUAUACUAAAAGUGAUGGGUGGGCACCUUAUGAAUAUAUGAAAGAUUUGAUGGUAUACCAACCAGAUCUUCAAAUUAAAGAAGUAAAUGCCGAUCAUAGUUUUGUUUUGAAAUCAUCAGAAAGUAUUGCUUCAUUGGCCGCUGAUUUUAUUAAUACAAAAGUUGGUAACAAUUAAUAUUUUAUUUUGCUGUUGAAAGGACAUUAUUUUGAAUAAUAGUGCACUAGUAUGGAUAUAAGUUAUUCUGAUGAUUUUAAUAUCAUGGGAAUACAAGGGAAUCAUGGGAAAUCUUUAUUUUAAUAAUAGCUGUCGAAUAGCCCGCGACUUCGUCCGUGCGGAAUUUAAAAUAUAUAACAAGAAGCCCAUGUGUGAUUCCAGACAAUUUUCUAUAUAUAUGAUAAAUUUCGUCAAGAACCGUUGAGCGGUUCUAAAGAUAGCUUCAAAUAAACAUCCAUCCA